GAGCUCGUCCUGAUAAAAACACAGCGAGAGGAAGGAGGAAGCAACGACACCGAACCGCCUCCGAACUAGUGCUCCUCGGUCAGUGUUCGGCCCGGCAGCCCAGCAGCGAGCCCACGGACACUUUUAUAAGUCGUUUUUAGCUUUUUAUAUUUUUGCUCCGACACAGCCGCUACCUCUGUUUCCAGCUCCUGACAACUGUUUGACUUUGACGCAAUAUGCCUUCAGAAAAAACCUUCAAACAAAGAAGGACAUUCGAGCAGAGAGUAGAAGAUGUCAGACUGAUCCGAGAGCAGCACCCCAACAAGAUACCUGUGAUCAUUGAGAGGUAUAAAGGAGAGAAACAGCUGCCCAUCCUGGACAAGACCAAGUUCCUGGUGCCAGACCACGUCAACAUGAGUGAACUCAUCAAGAUUAUCAGGAGGCGCCUCCAGCUAAAUUCCAACCAGGCCUUCUUCCUGCUGGUCAACGGCCACAGCAUGGUCUCUGUGUCUGCUGCCAUCUCCGAGGUGUACGAGCGGGAGCGGGACCAAGACGGCUUCCUCUACAUGGUGUACGCCUCCCAGGAGACCUUCGGCACUGCCAUGAGCGCCCAGUGAACAGCCCCCCUUCCUUUUCCCCCUGCCAGGCCAUCGGACAAUUGGUAGUUUUUAGCCCCCUCCACGUUUCUCCACCACACACCUUUAGCCUCGACUGUAGGAACUAAAACACAAACGGCCAUAUCUAAACACAGCGUAAGAUCAUUUCCCAGCUCGAACCGGUUCAGGUUGUGAUUGAGUAGACCGUUUGUGUCCCACCCUCCCAGUAGCAUAAAGCCACAAGGGUCGACCAGCGAGUCCAAGUAGAGAAAUCCCCCAAACUGACUACGACUCAGGCCAAUAGAGUCUUUUAGUGUCUCUGCUUCUUCAUUGUCCCCUCUGGUGGCGACCUACGGCCUGUUGACGGCAGUUUAUUUUCAUUGUUUUAGCUGUUUGGUGUCUCCUAGGCUGUAUUUCUGUUAAAGUGUGUGUGUGUGUGUAUAUAUAUAUAUACACACACACAUUUCAGUUAGGGAUAUUGCAUAAAAGUGGUGAAGCUCCAUCACUUACCUAUAUAUACAUUAGCCAAUGAACAAAGCCAACCUUAAUUUUAAGGUUUUUGGAGACAGGCGCUAGAGAAAGAUAAGGGUUUUUAAUGCAGAUUUUUAUUGCAGUUAAAAGAUAAAACUAAGGGAUUUGUAGUCGUACUUUUGCCAGAGAAAAUUGCAAAAUGAAGUAGAGAAGAUCCUCGUUAACGAACGCAUCUCUGCUGUGUGUCUCGUCACAUUCCCUCCUCCUUCUGUGUUUUUAUCCCUCCCUGCCUCGUAGCCUAAAGCAUCUUCACUGUAACAAAGAGAUGUUAGGAAACUGCUUUUGCUCUCGAAAACAGAUGAUUGUAGUUUGCAAAAAAAUAAAAAAAUGCCUUGGUGUACAGAUAAUAUUUACAGCUUUGAAUAUAAAAGGGGUUCCAAUGAGAGUGUAACCAAGUUGGCUUUGGACACACUACAAGGAGCAUGGUCUGAUUGCAUGUGUGAAUGGAGGAUGAUGGUGUUUCUGUAAAUGCUGAUGAGGGGAGGGGGUUGCCAUGCCCUUACCUUUUUAUCUCCUUUGUCACCAGUAUUUGUUAAGGUGAUCGAGGAAUGAAGGGAAGUCAAAACAAAGAGUGAGACUCGGGCAGGUUGACGUUGGACCGUAAGGUCUGCGCUCUAAAAGAAAGAACCUGUCUGUCUAUAGAUGGUCCUCCACACUCUGUGCUGUCGUGCUUCUCCUCCUCCUCCUCCUCACCAUCUUCUUAACAGAUCGUUUAGCUGCUUUUAUAUCGCAGUAUUUUAUCAUUUUGGUUCUUUUUAUUUAAUGUGAUUUUUAUUCCAUUGUACGCCAUGUCUUUACUCUCCGCUGUCUACUGUAUGUGAAGUACAAAGAUGACUUUUUUUCCCGACUAUUGAAAGCCACUGUGUGUUUGUUACAGAGGGGUGGAGCAAUUGUUUCAGUGCUGUCUUUUCUGCCUGCUCCUCUGUGCCACACACGUACCCACACACAGCAAUAUCAUACAGCCUCCUCUUAUGUAUUUAUGUUGGUAUUUUGUAAACAAUAAAAGGAGAAAAAAAGAUGAA